GUGUACACCAGGUCAUUCAGAUCGCACGCAAAAAAUCAGCGGACAAUGGCAACUAAAGUGUUCGUUUUGUCGGUGUGUUCAAUGCUUGGUUUAAUUUCUCAAUGUAACGGUCAGAUGGAUUUUAGUGAUCCCUUUAUGGCUUCCUUGUUAUUCGGGGGCAGCAACAUGUUUGGGGGACAUUCAUCGAUCACACAUGGUAGUGCUUCUUCCUCCGUGGACGCUAGCGCGUCCGUUAACGUCGGCGCGUCCUCAAACGUCCCAGACAUGAAAAGCACGGUAGCGUUCAUCGUAGGGCAGGAAGCGACUCCCGACGACGGCCUCAUUCAGUACGCCGCGCAGAAUGGCUGGCCCCCGCGAAGCGAAAUGGAUUUGAUCAAUUACAUCCCGCAUUUCCAGCGAAUCGCGCGGGCCACUUUUGCUCCUCAUCUUGCGAAAAUAGCGCUUGAGACCGUUAAGACGGCCGAGAACCAGCGAAAUGCUUCUCUCGCGUCCCAGAUCAACCCUGCAGAAAAGGCAAACUCCGUUCAAUCCGCCGUCACAGAGAUGAAAGCGCUUACUGAGGAACUGAACAAUCUCGUAAUGCAGAGAUCAAUGGAUUGGGCGAACCUACACCUAAAGGGAGGUGCGACCCCGCACACCACUCCUAGUUCGAACGGCGGAUUUGAUGCCCUGAUGCCUUUCGCAAUGAUGGGAGGAAUGAUAUAAUCAUUGCUACGGGGACACUUCAUUAAUGAAAGACUUUAUUGAAGGCGAAAUUUGAUUUUGUCUGUUAUUGUUUAUAUUCAAACAACAAAACCUGUAUAAUUGAGAUUUAACAUUUUCUUUACGACAUACUAGUAACUGUUUUUCAGCCAGAGAAAUAACAACCGCGUUCAUUUAGACACAUAUUUUUACAUUGACACCAUUCCUUACUGUACAUUAUUGUCGGUGACAAUUACACGAAAAUAUAAAACCGUGCAAACUAGCGAAAUAUGUCACGAUAAUGGAAAUAAGAAGAUAAAAAUGUGUAUGUAGCUUUUGAGUUCUUCCAAUCAUUAAUGCAACAUGCACUGUCAGUGUAUUUAACAUAAGGAUGCAAAUUUUUUUCAUGUAUAUAAUUAAUUACUUGAAUAAAAUUAUUUUAAUCUU